ACUGCAGCCACCGCCGGCACUUGUCAGUCACGGGCGACGCAGCCCCGCCCCACCGAAGCUCUCCCAGCGGUAUCAGGCUCCCCCUUCCCCGCACUCCGGUGGCUGUGCAGUGGCGCCGCCAUGGCGGGGCAGCUGGAGGCGGUGCGCGAGGUGGAGAUCGACGCGGACGGCACGUUCAAGUACAUCCUGGUGCGGGUGCAGCGCGCGGGGGGCGCCGAGCACCGAGACGUCGUCAGGGGCAACAAAGCGGCCGAGUUCCACAAUCACAUAUUUGAAAAAUUAAAUCCUGAAAUGAAAAAAUUGGGCUUUGAAUGCAAGUGCCUGGGAGGAGGAAAAAUUGACCAUAAUAGCAAAGAUAAGAAACUGCGGGUAUUUGGUCUCUCUACAGGAUAUGGUAAAGCAGAUCAUUCAGUGACUGUAGAAAUACUAAAAAGAGUAUACAAAGACUACGAAAUUACUUGGUCGGAUGACAAGAAAUGAAUUUAACUACUAUGUAAUAUACCAUCUUAAAUUGUGUUCAAAUAAAUCAGCGUGACUUUUAGUUGAAUAAAAAGAUCCAUAGUGA